AUGGCCAGCACCAACCCACAGCCACCCUACCCCGUCCAUGAGUCCAUAAUCGACCGCCUAGACCCCGAAUAUGCCGCCUUCUAUAACGAGCACAUCAUCGACAAGCAGCAGGUCCAUCUGCAGCCCAUAUCCGCCUCUCGCUCCAGCGGCGUCCUGAUCCCCGGCAGCGGUCCCCAGCAGAAGGUCGCCAGCGUGAGGGACUACUCCGUCGCCCGCAAGGAGAGCGAGGGACCUGCGGUCAAGGUGCGCUGCUUCACACCCGAGGGUGACAGGCCCGAGCCAGGAUGGCCCGUGUGCAUCUACUACCACGGCGGCGGCUGGGUCCUGGGCAACAUUGACACGGAGAACGUCAUCGCUUCGCAUCUGUGCGCGAGAGGGAAAUGUGUCGUUGUGGCUGUCGAUUACAGACUAGCUCCCGAGGACCCGUUCCCUGCUGCCGUCCACGAUUCCUGGGAGGCUGUUCUCUGGACCGUAGGCGAGGGCAAGGACCUUCUCAACAUCGACACCACCAAGAUGGCCACUGGCGGCUCAUCUGCUGGAGGCAACCUCGCCGCCGUCAUGUGUCAGCGCACAGUGGACCGUGGAACCCCUAGAUUCUCUCUACAGUUGCUCUCCGUCCCCGUGACGGACAACACGGCCGACGUCACCACGAGCGACACCUGGCGUGAGUACCAGCACACCCCUGCUCUCCCCGCCCCCAAGAUGCUCUGGUACAGGAAGCACUACCUCCCCAACGAGGCCGACUGGGCUCACCCUGAGGCCAGCCCGCUCUUCUGGCAGGGCGACUGGUCUGCCUUGCCUCCGGCCUGUACGGUGGUGGGAGAGCUCGACGUCCUGCGCGGAGAGGGUGAGCAGUUCUCCCAGAAGCUGCGCGACAGCGGCGUCUCUGCCGUGGUCCACGUCAUGAAGGGCCAGCCGCACCCUUUCAUCGCCAUGGAUGCCGUCCUCGAGGCUGGGUCGAGGGCGAUAACGCUCUUCUGCGAGGCCCUGUAUGCUGCCAUGUAUAGACCGGGCGAAUGA